CCAUCGCCCAAUGCGAGCGCGCGUUCUAUUUAUAAAAUUAAAAGGAAAACAAUCGGGCUUUCGCGCGAAUCUAUGUAUUUUCUUUUUCGUGUAUAUUUGUGGCCAGUGUUUUUACAUUAAAGAGUAUACAUGCCCUAAAUUAACAAGUGUACGAAGUUUUAAGGUCUAAAAAGUUCUGUUUGUUUAUAUAGAUACUACUUGGUGUUGAAGUGACGGAAAGUUUCAAAACGCUUAUAAAAGAAAAAAGACAACUUUCGUGGAAAACUGUACUUAAAGUCAAAAUAAUAAACAAUUUUAGUAGAAAAUAUAAUUCAGUGAAAAUAACUUGUAAUAAAAAAGAUAUUUCUGUGAAAGUAUAACAAAAGUUUCUGAAGUUUAAAUCAAUUGAACUGUUCGCUGAAAUAAAUAGUUUAUUGCCGAAAAACGGUUAUAAAAGUUAAUGUUUCCUCGACCAAAUGACUUCAAUAUGCUGACAGUGUUAAAAACUGAAUAAAGAAAAAAUGGCAAAAUGGUUUAAACGUGUUAAAGAGUGGAGUGGUGUCUCCAGGAAACCAGAAACACCAGAACUAAGCAGAAGCCAGUACUCGCUGGUGUCCACUGGGGAACUGACGUCUGAAGCUCUCCAAGUUUGGCUGAAGUUGCCCAAGAAGAUCAAGUAUGAUCCUGAGUUGGAGCAGUUCCAGAAGCGAUAUGAGAAGGAAAUCGCUAGCAAACAAGAGAACAUACCUUUGAAAGUCAGUAAUGGUGCCACGCCGGAAUCGAAACGGCUACCCUUGGUGAAGUCGGCUCCACAUCUCAACAACAACCGGGUGGAAGAGAUACCAUACAUUGAUGGCAAUUUGGACGGAGUGCUGGUGCAUGGUCCGGGCAAGGAUGGAGGUUCAGAAAAUGAAACCACACCGAAAAGGCAAAGCAAGAUGGCAGCCGCGCGGCAUUACGUGAAGAUGACGCUGCUGCUGGCCUGCUGGGUGUUCUUCACGCUGGUGUUCAUGAUGUACAACGAGCGGGAGGACGUCACUCGCGGCUCGGCCGUCAGCCCGGGGGAAACUAAGAGCUACAUCCUCAACAUAUCAGACCCUCGCUUGUCCAUGCUGGUGAAGCUGUCGGGGCCGUUCCUCACGGAGCAGGGAGAGGAAAAGAUGAACAGCUCGGAGCGGGACGACGCGCGCCGGAUGGACGUGUGGCUGGAGAAAUGGGGAGGUGACGCCCAGGGACCCAUAGAACCUGAGGACAGAGAUAAAGAGGUAUCAAAUAUUUGGUCAAUAAUAUUGCAAGACGAAGAUCUCGAUUUCACGGAGGGGGAGUCCCGGUCGUCCGUCUUGGUUCUACAUUCGAAUACGACCAAUCAGAGCGGUGUAUACUCGCUACGCAUACGCACGACAGCCAAUCAGACCGCACCGUUCACGUUGAACUACAAGAUCAAUCCGCUAGAUGCCAGCACCGGUGUUCUGUAUGCCUGCAUUCUACUGUGUGGACUGUAUGUGCUUAUAAUUUUCGAGAUCAUCAACCGAACAAUGGCGGCAGUUCUGAUAUCAACAACCUCACUGGCAGUCCUCUCGCUGGUGGGUGAGAGACCCUCGUUACCGGAGCUGGUGUCGUGGCUGGACAUGGAGACGCUGCUGCUGCUCUUCAGCAUGAUGAUCCUCGUGGCUAUCAUGGCUGAAACUGGGAUGUUCGACUUCUUAGCUGUGUUUACUUUCGAGGUCACGAAAGGCAAGCUCUGGCCGCUGAUCACCUUGCUCUGCGCCAUCACAGCCUUCCUCUCCACCUUCCUGGACAACGUCACCACCGUUCUACUGAUGACACCUGUCACCAUCAGGCUAUGCGAAGUGAUGGACAUGGACCCGGUGCCGAUACUGAUGUCCAUGGUGCUGUUCAGUAACAUCGGCGGCACCGCCACGCCGGUCGGCGACCCGCCCAACGUCAUCAUCGCCUCCAACAAGGCGGUCGUGCAGGCGGGCAUCAACUUCACGAACUUCACACUGCACAUGACGCUGGGCAUCCUGCUGGUGUGCGUGCAGACUUACUUCCAGCUCCGGUACAUCUACAGGGACACCAACAAACUGAGGCUCAACGUGCCGAGAGAUAUACAAGACCUGCGUCACCAAAUAUCAAUAUGGCGUCGAGCGAUAGAGUCUCUACCUCAUUUGAGUAGAGACCAACAAGUAGUGAGAGAAAGACUCGAGAGGAAGAUGAAGAAACUCACGGCGCAACUUGAGACCAUGGUCAAAGAGAGCAGUAAGAGAGUCUGUCCAAAAGAAACCUUCCAAACAACGUUGGGACAGUUGAAAGAAAAAUACAAGAUCCGCGAUAAAAUGCUGUUAUUAAAAUCAACAAUUACGAUUGGUUUUGUUGUCGCUGUCUUCUUUUUGCAUUCCAUUCCUGAACUUAAUCGUGUAUCUCUCGGCUGGACGGCGCUGCUGGGAGCAAUACUGCUGUUAACGUUGGCCGAUCGCGAGGAUCUCGAGCCCAUACUUCACAGAGUCGAGUGGUCCACUUUGCUGUUCUUCGCAUCGCUUUUCGUCUUGAUGGAGGCACUCUCAAAACUUGGCCUGAUAGCGUUUAUUGGAGGUCUCACAGAGUCUCUUAUACUGUCAGUGAAUGAAAGCGCUCGACUUGCUGUUGCAGUUCUUUUGUUACUAUGGGUCUCCGGAGUCACUUCAGCGUUCGUCGACAACAUCCCGCUCACCACGAUGAUGGUGCGCGUGGUGAUCGCGUUGGGCUCCAACCCGACCCUCAACCUGCCCAUCGCUCCGCUCAUAUGGGCCCUGUCGUUCGGAGCUUGUUUGGGAGGUAACGGCACUCUAAUUGGUGCGAGCGCGAACGUUGUCUGCGCUGGAGUAGCGGAGCAGCACGGCUACCGGUUCACCUUCAUGCAGUUCUUCAAGAUUGGCUUCCCCGUCAUGAUCGGACACCUGAUCGUCGCCUCGGGCUACUUGAUGCUGUGCCAUUGCGUCUUCACUUGGCACUGACCCAACAGUUAAACCUGAAUCUUUGUUCUCUGGAAAUACUCGAAGAUCCAAACGUCAGAGUUUUAGUAUCAAUCUAUUUGUGAUGUAGCUCGUCCGGGAAAGUACUACAAUGCUUACUGCUAUCAAGCAAAUUCGGUACUGGUCCGUGAGCCUGGAUAGUCAGAUAUAGCUCAUUUUAUUAAGACACAGUUACCCUUUUAAUUACAGUAUGAAGGGUGCAGAGGAGCACAAUAUAAGAGCGAUUCCUCAUUAGUGCGUUUCGUUACUCUGCGUCGUUUUCCAGAAUAUAUUUUCCAUUGCAUCCACAUUAAAGCGUUUUGUCGCACGUGACGUUUUAACGGAUCGACGGACGAGUAGAAAUUGGUACCUACGUCGUCCUCAUACGCUGACGUUGUGCGUCGUUAAGUUAACGUACUAAUGAGGCUUCUCCCUAAGACGUGUUUCUGACAAGUAGACAAUGUUAGACAUAUUAUAAAAUAUACUCGUAUUGUUCAUUUGUUUGCCUAAAAAUUUAAUAAAGAUGUAAUUUUUUUUCUCCCACUGUACAGAUGGGUGAAGAUAAUUUUUAAUUCGGGUUUUAUAGUAAAGAAAUAUAACUUAUGAGAACAAAAAAUUCAAUUAAUAUAAAGUGUGAUUUAGUGUGACAUAUUGUGUACCUGUGAUAAAUUAAAUCUUUCCGUACUUAAAGAUUUACUAUAUAAAUUUAAAUUCUAUAUAAUAAAAACGGAUUGGAGAACCCAUCUUAUACGGGGUAUUAGUAUUUUGAUGCAAAUAUAUAGCUGCUAAGUACACCGUAAAUAAAAUAUUGCAUUAGGGCGCAGACCACACUUGCACCAGCUGUGAUUGCUUUUAAAACUGGACCACCGGAGGCAGAAGGCAGGAAGUUAAAUGUAACCAUUUAAAAAAAGUGUCAACUAGCCUAUUCCGCCUUCCAGCUUCCAGUAUCCUUAACCAACUGUACUUUACAAUAGACACCAAGUUACACUGGAUUCGUUAUCUUAAACGACACAACAACCUCAAACUGCGUCGAAACAGUAUAGCAAAGUAUCUAAAUAAAAACGAAAUAAGAUAGAUAUUCUGUUAAAUACGUUAUUUAGUCACGUCGAUUCUCUUUCUACGAUCGCUAACGCUUCGAAAACUAGAAAGAUAUAUGGGAAUGACAUUUUCUAUCGACAGGUCACGUGAUCAAGAUCUGUCAUUCCCAUACAUUUUUCUAGUUUUCGAAGCGUUUGCGAUCGUAGAAAUAGAAUCGACGUGCCACUUGGCUAGGCGGGCAGAUUUGAUGUGCCACUAAUAGAUGUCAUAAAUUAGGUAUCUACUAUUUGUAUGUAAAGCAACUUUAUUGGCAACAAGACUGCCUCGAGUGUGGAUUGGCCCUUAAAUGCAAUAACUAUUAUGAAAAUUUAAUUUAUCUAUAUAAUUAAUGUAUAAGUAUACAAUGCAGUAUUUUUUGUACAGACAAAUAAUUUUAGUAAGUAGCUAGAAAAUAUUUUAAUUUUAAAAAAAAUCUUACGAUAAAUACGAUACGAUCUUACGAUAACGAGAGAUUUAUACAGUACAAAUACUUUGUAAAUAGCUGUAUACAUAAUAAAAAAAACAUGAUAUUAUAUUGAAUUAUUUUUUUGUAAUUAUUUAAAAUUACUUUUUACAAUAACGAUGACGAACAUUGAUUUGAGAUUUAUCUACCAUUUUAUUAAUUUACCUGGUUUUUACUUACAAAAUAUAUUUUUUUGUAACUUUUUGUGCUUAACAAAAAAAAUAGUACUAAAAUAAUAAACACUAAUUUAAACUAAAAUUACUAUUUCAUAUUAAUUUUAUAACUAUUUUUAUAUUACUUUUACUUUAAGUUAGCUAAUUUAUUAAUUAAUCGAAACGUAGUGUACGAGUAUAGUUUGAGAAAUAAAUUAUUCUUA